UUUCGUGGGUUGUAGUAAUCUCUGACUUUGGUACCUGUUGGAUUUUGUAGUUGAUUGGUUCUUCCACGUAGCUUUACAUCUGAAAAAAAUCUGACCGUUCCAAUUCACGACGUUAAUUAACGAUUUCUGUCCGAAGUAUCCUAUUCAUAGUUUUUCGUGGGUGGUUGAGUUUUGUCUGCGGUUUACAAGCAUAGCUGAUUACCUUGUUGUCGCUUGAGAAGGGGCUAGGGUUUGGAUCACGGGGGAACUGGAGCAUUGAAGCCUCUAUAGACGGGGUUCUCCGUUAGUAUAUUUCUGUUGGUGUAGGGGUGGGAAUCAGGAUUUAUAAAAUGGAGGACGUAGGAUUUGUAGGUGGUGAAGGUGGUAACGGAGUGUGUGAUUUGGGAAGUGGCGUUAAUCCCCUUAUGGUAGAGGAUGAUUUGGUUAAUGGUGUUAGUGGUGAAGUUAGUGUGGAGGAGUUAAAUCCCACAGGUGAUGGGUUUACAACACUAGCCGCAAUGAGAGGAGAGUACGUGUUGUGAGGGGCAAGAAUUUUGUCCUCCCUUUAACACAGUAGAGACUAUGGAAGCUGAAGUCGAUAGUAAUCGUGGUAGUGGAUUUAAUGUUGUCAAUGCUCCUUGUGUGGGAAUGAUUUUUAAGACUUAGCAAGAUGUUGAAUUUUAUUACAAAGAAUUCGCACAACAAAAAGGGUUUGGUGUGAGUAGGGUUGUUGGUGUGUACUCCAAGGAUGGUCUUUGGGAUAGGAUUGCUAUUACUUGGAGGUUUGAGUGUUGGGGUAGGCCAAAUAUGAGGGCUGUUAGGGAAGCCAAAAAAAGGGCAAAAGCAAUGGAAGUUGGUGGUACAGUUGGGGUGGCUGGUGCAAAAGUUUGUGAGGAUGAGCUUAGUAGGAGAAAGAGAAAGUCUAAGAAGUGUGAGUGUAAGGCAAUGAUAUAUGCAGGGCGGUGUAGUGAAGGGGGUUGGGUUAUAAGGAGAGUGGAGUUGGAGCAUGCUAACCAUUCUCCAAAACCAGAUGAUGCAAAGCUUGUGAAGGAGUACCAAAUGAAGAAACUCACAUCAAGUGUUAGGAGGAAGUUGUUGAAAUAUCAUGAUAAAGGUGUACCAGUUUCGCAAAUUCAUGGGUGCUUAGAAAAUGAUAGUGAUGUAGAAGAAAGGUUGCGGCUGACAGUGAAAGACCUUCAACACGAAGUUUAUAAGGUAAAGAAGUUGAGAAUGGUGGGUGGUGAUUCAGCUGCAAUGAUGGUGUAUUUUGAACAAAUGCAAGCAGACAACCAAAAUUUCUACCAUGCACAACGUUUGGAUGAAAUGGGUAGAUUAAAGGAUGUCUUUUGGGUUGAUGCAAGGAGUCGUGCGGCCUAUGAGGAGUUUGGUGAUGUUGUUUGCUUCGAUGCAACUUAUCUUACAAAUAAUUAUGACCUUCCAUUUGCUAAUUUUGUUGGGGUAAACCACACUCUAUCCUGCUAGGAUGUGCGCUUGUUUCCCACGAGGACUGCGAUACAUUCACAUGGGUGUUUAAUCAAUGGUUGUCUUGCAUGAACAACCGUGCGCCUUUAGCUAUUCUUACUGGUCAGGCCCCGGCUAUGAGGAAGCCCCUAGAGGAAACCAUGCCGGAAACUCGUCAUUGGUGGUGUAUUUGGCACAUAAUGAAGAAGAUCCCUGAAAAACUUGGGAAAUGUGAUGGCUACAAUGAAUCGAAGAAAGAGUUGAAGGUUGUUGUGUAUGAGUCUGACCGUCCUAGAAUUUGAGGACCGUUGGAAUGAAUUUAUUACAUAGUACAAGCUCGAUAGGAUUGAGUGGCUUAGCUAUUUGUACAAAGAGCAUCACAUGUGGGUACCAGCUUUCAUGAAGGAGUAUUUCUGGGCUGGUUUGAAGACAACACAACGUGUGGAGAGUAUUAAUAGCUUUUUUGAUGGCUUUUUGACCCGGAACACCAAACUAUAUGAGUUUCCCCUCAAAUAUUCACAAGCCAUGAGGAAAAGGGUUUGCGAUGAAACGGAUGCUGAUGCAAAUUGUUGCAAGUAUAUUCGAAGACUAGCUACCGGGUAUAAGGUGGAGAAGGUUUUUCAGAAAAUUUACACAGACUGCAAAUUUCAAGAAGUCCAAACGGAAUGUAUUCGAUUGAAUUAUUGUUGAGGAUCGUGUGUUUGGAUUGUGUUGGAGGGGUCAAGUGAGGAGUUCAUAACCGAUCGUAAGAGGCUUUAUUCUGUGCAGUACAACAACAAAAGUAGAGAGGUUUCAUGUAAAUGUCGGAAAUUUGAGACGCAUGGUAUUAUGUGUAAACACAUGAUGAGGGUGUUAGAUUUGAAUAUGGUUUUUGACAUUCCAAGUAAGUACAUUUUAAAUUGGUGGCGGAAAGACAUAUUUCGCAAACACACUCUAGUUAAGGUGGCUUAUCAUGAUCCUUCGGACACUAUAGAAGUGAAAAGACACAA